GGGAACAAAAAGCCCAUUGCGUCUGCAGCAUUACCAUCUCUGGUUUCUCUUUAUCUUAAAAAAGAAACACCGGCGCAGCUUUUCCCGGCGGAAAGAUAAGUGGUGGAGAGGGGCUUCCGCCGAUUGCAGAUGAGCUAUGGCCACUACUUGUGUAUCUCCUCUGGCUGGACUAGUACCUCUCGCCUCCUCUUUCAAGCGAAAAUCUCAUCAUUCUCUACCUUUUGCGUUUUCUCCAUCCUUACCGGCAGCCAAGUCAUCAAGGAAAAGCAACCAUUUUCACACCCCAAGCAGAAGAGAUCAAGAGAAAAGCGUCCAACUUUGGAGGAUUCAUGCUACUUCUGGGGAAGUUAUUCCCGUGGAUUCAACCCCACUUGAGAAUUCCGAGGAGAUAGUAUCCGCCAGUGGUGAUGAUGGUGUGGCAACUAUUAUAUCUGCUCUUCUCUUCCUUGCCUUUGUUGCUCUAUCUAUUCUCACUAUUGGGGUUAUCUACUUAGGUGUGCAAGAUUUCCUGCGGAAGAGGGAAAGGGAAAAGUUUGAGAAAGAAGCAGCAACUCAGAAAAGUGGGAAGAAGAAGAAGGUGAGGGCAAGAGCCAGGACCGGACCAAGGGGAUUUGGACAGAAGAUUGAUGAAUAUGAAGAUGAAGAUUAGGACUUCCAUAACUUUGUAAGCUGUUUCACUUUGUUUGCAAUUCCACCCUGCUUUGUUUGGCCAAGGUUUCCAUAGACACAAACGUAUUUUUGUAAUUAUAUUUCAAUUUGAAGCAAAUUAUUUCCCAGUUAUCAUCUUCUUCCUUGGAUUGUCUGCCCUUGUAAUAUCUAAGCUCAUCAUCAAGAAGCAUAUAGGAUAUAUAGGCAUAAACAGGAUAAUAGCAU